AUGACGAACAAAGUUAUAUUUUAUUGCAUCACUCUUUGUUUUGUUGAAAAAGAGACGAUUGGGACUUCAAACAGAACUUUUCCUUGCGAGUUUGACGAUGAUUGUGUAUGUUCAUUAACAAAGCAAAAUAUGAUUAAAGCUGACUGUUCUAAAGAGGCUCUCGAUAAAAUUCCAAAAAUUCCUUCAAAUGUGAUAAACAUAUCGUUUGCAGGAAACAAUAUUGAAUUGGUUGACAAUGGCAUAUUUGAGGCAAACGUACGUCUUCUUCAUUUAGACUUGUCCGACAAUCGCAUUCAUAGACUGCAUUCAAGAUCCUUUCUAGGUCUUUCGAAACUGGAGACAUUGAUUUUCAGUAAUAACCGUGCUAGCUUUACCGUUUUUUCGACAGAUAUUUUCAAGCCAUUAAAAGCCUUAUUACACCUAUCGCUAAAAUUUAAUUGGGGGUACCCCGACCAGUUUACGCUAAAUGUGUCGCCAUUGUUGAAGCUUCAUACUAUAAGAGUUGAUGUUAUACCUCCUAGUACUCAUCCAUUUGGUGUUGAAUAUGAAAAUCUACGUUUCCUACAAGACGUGGACAUCUCUGGAUUUACGGGAUACUGUAAAAUAAAAGUUGUUACACCAGAUACAUUUAAAUAUAUUCCUUAUGUCGAACGGCUAGAUUUAAGCAAGUGUGGCAUUAAUGCAAUUUUAAGUGGAACCUUUAAACGUUUAGUUCAUUUGAAAUAUCUGGAUUUAUCUUACAACAGAUGCCUUAAAUUUAGAGGACUUGCAAAUGUCACAUAUGAUCUCCCAUCAACCUCAUUAGACAUUUUACGAAUUAACAAAAUCCAUCAAACUUUUGAUCUGAAUACUGUUAUGACUAAGUGUGUUCUGAGGCCUCUCAAAAGUACUAAUAUAACACAGAUAUACCUUAACAGCAAUCGGCUGCAGUUAUUCGAGAAGGGUGCAAUUGAAUUUUUCCCUAGAACUUUAAAAAUAUUAUCAGUAGCGGAUAACGAAUUUAGUUUUUCUGGAGAGUACAUUAAAGAUAUAAUUAAAUCUACCCUUCAUGAAGUUAAUAUAUCGUUUAUUGGGAUGUCACAUUAUUUGAAGAACCCUGAUGAAUCAUGUGAUCAUACGCUCAUAACUCCUUCACCUUGCAAUUAUUGCCCCGAUACAUACAAAAAUGAUGUGAUUGAACGACAUGAAUUAAACAGUGGUACGAACAACUCCCUGUUUACCUUGUUUGAUCAUGAUAUUGUGUAUAUUCCAUUUGAACUGAGGAAAAUUCACUUGAGGGAAUGCAAGUUACGAUACUAUCUGCCUGAGAUUAUCUUUUCAAAUAACAUGCUGGACUAUGUUGAUUUUUCUUCAAACACCUUUUUUGACUGGCAAGGUCCACUAGGGAAUCUAUAUCAACUAAAAUUCUUUAACUUAUCGAAUAACUUCUGUUCCAAAGUCUCUCCUGAGUUCUUUACCGGUAUGCCAAACCUUACAACCCUUUUAGUACAAAGCAACUUAUUAGGAUUUGUAAUACCGAGCGAUAAAAACGGAGAAAUACUAGCACCACUUGUUAAUCUACAAGUGCUUGAUUUGGCUGACAAUAGAAUUCCAAGCUUGCCAUCAGUCUUCUUUAAUGCCCAAUCACAAUUACGAACGUUAAAUUUGGGCGGGAAUAUGCUUGAAACUGCUACAUUCGAGAUAAAACAUAUGACAAAACUUUCACAUUUAGACUUAUCAAAUAAUAGACUUUCCGUUCUGGAUACAUUUUUCACAAAACAAUUAGAUCACCUUUCAGAAACUGUUCCUGACUUGACUGUUGAGUUAUCGGGUAAUCCCAUUAAAUGUAUAUGCGAAACAAUUGAUUUUUUUCAUUGGUUGUCAACAACAAAGGUUCAUGUUCAAAACGUGUUGCACCAAGAUUGUCGAUUUCACUUAAUGCCUCUGAAUAGUUCAAAGGUCAUUUAUGACUAUUUAAAGAAGACAUGUUCCUCUUAUACGACAACAAUUAUCGCUGUAGGAUCAUGGGUAGCUAUGUUUGCUAUUGUCAUAAUUGCUGGCUUUGUAUAUCGGUAUAGAUGGAAACUUCGUUAUGCUUAUUAUAUGGUGAAAGGAAAACAUCAUGGACAAAUCAAUCCUGUUGGACUAGAUGAUAAUUUUCAGUACGAUGCAUUCGUUUCUUAUGCUGACGAAGAUUGCACAUUUGUUCAUACAAAAUUCAUUAAACAUUUAGAGGAUGACCGAAACAUACGUUGUUGUAUUCACAAAAGAGACUUCUUGGCCGGAAAUGAUAUCGCAACUAAUAUAACAUCCGCCAUUCAUAACAGCCGUAAAACGGUCGUAAUAUUGUCGCAACAUUUUCUACAAUCUGAUUGGUGUCUAUUUGAAUUUAAUAUGGCAAAAAUGGAGAGUAUCUACUCAAGAAGUAAAGAAAACAUCAUAUUACUCGUGUUCCUUGAACAAAUGUCACCAAAUGAUCUACCAUUGAAUAUUUUGGAACUUAUCCAAUCAAAAUCGUACAUAGAGUAUCCGAACGACGAGUACGGGGAUGUUGUAUUCUGGGAUAAACUCAAGGAGACAUUGUCAGUCUAAUGAUGC